GCCAUCUGCCCGGAGCCAGCUCGAGCGCGGCCUCAAGGACGGCAAUCGCACCUUGGAACGUGGUCAUGAGUGUGGCUGCUGCAACGAUGCCCUGGAGAAGUGGGAAGAAAAGCGUUCUUUGGCUUGCGAUUCAUCUACGGGGAACCGCAGGAAGCAUGAGCAGUUUGAUCUUGCGACUUACCGACGUGAAGAGGAAUAUGCCGAGUUCUUUGAUGAGGGCACGGUGUUGCCCCUUGGUGAGUUUCUGACUUCUCAGGGUUUUGAUCCAGCGAAGAUUGGCUCGGAAUCGAAGCAGCGCCGCUUUGUGGAGGAGGAGCUAAAUAUGAAGGUCCUGACUGACAAAGGGAAAUUGGUGGUUGCCAUCUUGGACGGCAAGCGCCGAGUUCGCGUCGGCACACGGCAAUCGGCCGGCAAAGAGAAGGUUGGUGGCCAUGACUCUGGAUCUUCCGCCGCGGCCACCUAUGCCAAGCACAAGGCGGACAUUGAUGCGGUCAAGUCUCAGAUGCAGUCAGCCAGCGAGGUGGAAAAGAAAGUCGCUGACUUGCAAGAGCGUGGCAUGGAGGAGGUUGCGAGCACUGGGGUCUCUACGGCCGAUGAGUUGGAGUCAGAGGUUGAGGACAAAGAUUUGGAGUUCUCUUCAUUCGUGCCAUCUUCUUCGGCUGCCCUUCCAUCAGCCAGCACACGCAAGGCCCCCAAGGGCCCCAAGCAGAGUGUGGGCGGGCCCAAAGAGACGGAUCCAAAGAGGCGAAGGCUGGAUUGUUGGGAUGCCUUGGGCCGCAUGGUGCCACCAGCACCAGGAGCUGCUUCCUCUGCUGCGGCGCCAGCAGUGGUUGGAAAGCCAGAAGCUACCGCCAGCAAGGACAAGAUCGACAAAGUGGCAAAUUUGUUUGAAGCCAAGCAAUGGAGCUUCAGCGACGAUGCCUUGUGGGAGGGCAAAAUUCGUCAACGUGCAUUCGAGCAACUUAGCCGACAGUUGGAAGAAGGAGCCAACAAAGUCAUUGCCGACCCACAGGGUGAAAAUCUUGCCCGGGAGAUGCUGGACUUUCCAGAAUCGGCUUUGAAAAAGUUUCAGGUUUUCCAAAAGUUGAAGAAGAACCCGCAGAGUGCUGUCAACACACUGGAGGAUGCGGAGUUGAAGGUGAUGGAGAAUAUCAGUCCGGCCCUCCUUUCGCGCAUCUUCAUUCACAUCGGCGUGGCGUUGCUCAAGAACUUCGAGGAGCCUCCAAUUUCGACUUUGUUUUUCAACAUGAUGAGCUUGUUUGCGGUGUCCAAAACGUUGACCGUUCGGCACUACAUGGAAGUUUGCAAGCGGAAUGGCCCGAAUGGCCCUUCUGCCGAUGAAGAUGCCAAGGGGCUGGCAGUGGGUGUCCAGCUGCAAUUGUUCUCGCUGUGGCAAGAGAAGGUCUGGAGGUCAAAGGUUUCGGACUCCAAGAUCAGGGCUUGCUUGGCAGCGCUGCCGGUGCCCACUAUGGAUUUAGCGGCGGUGCCGUGGGACUUCAAGGGGGAAUCGUUUCAGAUGGACGCCGGGUUCUGCGACCGUGUGGUCUUCGAGGUCCAGGUCAGCAAAACAGCGGCCAUUCGUUUUCCAGAGGACGGUUCCGGUGGAUCCCCAGUCGAGAACCGCAGUGCGAAGGUAGCCUUGGAGAAGAAAUCCUUUUUGAGCACUAAGAUGCAAUCCUUUACCAAGAUGGGGCUGUUGAAGACUUGGUGGGGGCAGAUGGAGGCUGCGGCUCGGCAUGUGAUCUCAGAGGACAACAUUCCGGAGACUUGCAACCAGAUCAUGUCCAGCUUUCCGUUUUCGGCGGUAGAGUUGGCUCUGUCCCGUGAUGAACCCUUGGCGUUGCUCCAGCUCACAGGCGCCGGGGAGGUCCAUGUGGUGGAUCGCUUGGUUCAAGCCAAGGCUCUCUUUGAGAGACUUCAGGAGCAGCCAAAUGCCGUGAUGUCCGCGGACAAUCACGUCCAGCAUUUGAAGCGGGAGAUUUCCAAACUCAAUGAGUUUCUGGACAAGUACCUGGUGAAAGUGAUGGAGUUGUACUUGGCCGCCAUCAACGAUGCUGAAUGGAAGGCUGAGCUUGUCAAGAAAAACUUCUAUACUGGGCCUGCGCAGAUCAGGUGCUUGUGCAAGCUUCUCCGUGCAUGGAAGGUGGACCAGUGGACUUCAGUUCGGGAGUCUGCUGCCAAUGGCUUGUCAUUGGCGGCCGACGAAGCUCUGCGAUUGUUGUGUCUGGUAGGGGAGUGCGAGGGUGCGGAUAACUUGUCGUGCGAGUACUUUGUGAGAGCCUCCACCGGAAUCCACAAGUUCCCGGGCCCCAAGUACUUGAAGCCCCUGCGUGAUUUCAUCACUGAAAGCAUUCCUCUCGGAGGGGACAAACCUGCUCUCCCGGAGAUCUUCGUCAAAUUGGUUGAGGCAUUGGAGACCUUGGUGCCAAAGCUUGAGGACAAACCUCCUGCGUGGUGCCGGUCACUUGCACGUUCGGGAGAAGGGCAGAAGCUUCUGACCUUGCAAGGCUCCGUGCGUGGUGGCUUAGGUACUGUGGUGGAGAGGCAGCUCCGGGCUUUGAAGAUCCUUUCAGAUUUUGACCUCACUCCUGACGAGACUCGCCCGCCAUACUUGCAGCAAAGAUGCUGGAGAGAUGAGACUGAAAUCAACCCUGGAGUCAUGGCUCUCCUGGAUCUGAUGUCCUUUGACCGUGACAAGGACACCAUUCUGGACCCCACCAAGCAGACGGAGGUCACCAAAUUCCUGACCAAGCAGUCGAUCGAAGCGACCGAGUACAUUGCUGCUCAACUGCACGAGACCAAGAAAAGAUUGAUCCCCCUGCACGAGAACCUCCUGAAGCUGAUCAAUGCGGCCGAGAAGGAUGGACCAGCAUGGCUCAGUUCAGCAGAGGUCAUUAACACCGUGGGGCACUACAACGAUGCGUCGAACACCAAAGAGCUUGAGAACGGGAUGGCAGGCUUGGAGACGCUUCAGAGUUAUGAGUCUUUGGCCAAGAUCGUUAUGAGCUGGAAAGAAGACCUUCUGGCCGGCAGCCAGGGCAUCAAGGACAGCGGAAGCAUCGAGAAGUUAGAAGAAAUCCGCGGCGGGGCACCCUCCGGUCGCUGUGUCGCAGUCGGGCUCUAUGUGUGCUUGGCUGCUGAGAUUCUUCUCCGCGAUUUUUCCGGAGGCGGUCACCAGCAGACGAUCUCUGACAUCAAGCGGCUGAACAACAACUUCCUGAACAACAAGUUGAAGAUUGUCAAGACGCACUUGCCGAAGGUUGUGGUGAAUGCUUUGGACAAGCUUUCCAAGGAACAUGGAAUUGGAAGCAGCAAUGCAGACAGCCCAAAGGUGGAGCCAAAUCCUUUCAACCAGGCUCCAAUGCCUGGGCAGCAGUUUUUCGUUUUGGAAGGUGGUGGAUCUUAUUCACUUACUUGCACGAAGCCUGCCCCAAAAGCUCAAACAACACCCGCCACCAACCCGAAACAUGCUGACGAAAAUCUGAACCCCUUUGAGUUGUCGCCCGACCCCAGUCAGCUCUUCAUCCGAUCGGGCUUCAAUUUGACCAACCAGCCACGCGUGGCGGUGUCAAAUCUCAAGCCAGAGGUCGCAGGGACAAAGGACUUGAAGGGGAAGCCCCCAGCGAUGUCUGAGCAGAGUGAUGCUGGGGAUGGACCAGCUGAGAAACGCCAGAAGAUGAGUCCGGGCUUUCUGAGUUUGGUCAAGGUUGGAGAUGCACAGACUGCACAGCAGGAUGUUCGCAAUUGCAUGCCACAUACCCAGAACAUUGGCUGCCAACUUUGUCAGCUGGUACAGGUUGCCAUUUUUGAUUGGGCCUCCAAUCACAGUGUGGCAACGACGGC